CGGGCAGCUAGUAUGUUAUAAAGUUAUAAUAAAAAUAAUAUUAUCUAUGUGGUCUAUAGAAACUUGCUAGUCGCCACUCAAUAAUAUUAAUAAUAUUAAGCCGGGAUCACACGGUACGUCGAAUGGAGUGUGAAAUUGUGCAUCGCGAUAAGGUUGACGCGCCGUCUAAUUGUUAUUGAGCGGUAAGAUUUGUAUGCGCGGCGCACCAUGCGGUUCUUCCCAGAUAUUGGUCUUUGUGUCACACGCUAAAGGAAAUUUAGUGCGGCUAUUCUUAUCAAUUUAACGGCUUGUUGUCGUGUUAAUAUUUUUCAUUCUUUAAACUAUUUUUUUUAUAAAUAUUAAAGUAUUUGGAUUUAUUUUUCAGUACAACAUUCUGUUCAAAUAAAUUGUGUGUAUAGUUUAUUCCUACACAAAUUUUGGAGUUUUGCGCGGUAUAUACACGCUCUACACGCAACAACAGUACGUGACACGCAACGCGUCGUGUGAUCCCAGCUUUAUAUAGUUUUACAAUGUAGUAUUGAGGUCAUAAUAUCAUGUGGAUAGCAGACAAUAGACAUAAAUAAUAUUAUCUUGUAUUAUUUAUGAUAGUGGAUAAUAAAUUGAAAUAGAACGUCUUUGUUUUAUUUUGUUUCACAGGAUUCUCACGAAAGGAAUGGUCACACUGUUUUCUAACCACAAUUUUGAUUUGUACAUUAUGCAUUCAGUCGAACUCUCUUCAAGAAUAUUUGGGUUUCGGACAUUCGGUGUUCUUUUUUUUGACAAUUGUUGUCAUUAAAUUUUGUAUUUUUCGAUUUUGAUUAAUCUAAAUUCACAAAACCAUAUUUCCACGGUAAAGUAUAAAGUCUAUUACUAUAUUCAAAUAAUAUUUAAAUUUGUUUUGUUUUGCUUUGUAGAACUUCAUCAUUAAAUGUCUCAAUUUAUUCAUACCUAACCUCAAUAACACAUUUCAACUAACAAUUAUUAUAUUUUUUUAAAUUUAUUGGCUUACUCUGGUAAUAUUAACUUUAGGGUGCCUACAUAUCAACUGAGAAAAUUUACUCUUUUUAUCAUACUUCUCACUACUAGUGGUGUGAGAAUUAAAAAAUUCUCUGUAGUGUUAGAUAUGUUUGGCUAAUGAUGACUUAUAAGGCUAUAAAGCAAAACAUAUAGUAAAUUAUUACUAAUUUUUUAAGCUUAGUUUAUAUAUUAUAUAUUUAAUAUAUUAUGUUACAGAUGUCAUCGAUUACACUGAAAGAUGUUGACCAGCACAAAUUUGUUGCUUCUUUUUCUGCGUUCUUAAAAAAGUAUGUACCUAAUCUAUUUCAACUAUCUAUAUUUAAUAUUUUUUAUCUAUUGUUUGUUUAAAUUUUAGGAGUGGUAAAUUAAAGGCCCCAGAAUGGGUUGAUUUGGUGAAAAAUGGUAAAUUUAAUGAAUUGGCACCAUAUGACGAAGACUGGUAUUACACUAGAUGUGCUGCCACAUUAAGACAUAUUUACUUCCGGUCACCUGUUGGAGUUGGAGCCCUAACUAAAAUCUUUGGAGGUAUAAUUUACCAAUUAAUAAUUUUUGAAAUUGAAUGUUUAUAACUUAUUAGUUAUUUUAAUACACAAUUUAUUUAGUUUAUACUCAUUAUUAAUACCCUUUUGCUAUGGGUACUAUUGUUUAAUUUCGAAUAGCAUAAAGUUAAUACAUUUAAAAUAACUAGUAUUAUUUCAUAUCCUAUUCCAUUACUACAAUAAUUGUAUAUAUGAAGUUAAGUAAAAACUUACAAGACAUUGUUUAAAAUAUUCAGAAAUCAGAUUUCCUUUUUAUAUCAUAUUUUCUAAAGCUCGAGUUAAAAUAAGUGAUUUUUUAUAAGAAAAAUCUUUAAGUAAUUGUUAAAAAGUUGAUUCAGUGGAUCAACUACCACAGCAUAUUUUCCCCGGAGCGUACAAUUUUUUCAAGCUUAUAUGUUUAAUAUAUGUAUUGGGCGCUGGUGAUUUUCAGUAUUUUAUAUACCAAUUAUGGUUAAAAUUGAAUUAAUAUAAACAUGUAUAUAGAGCAAGUCAAAAAAUUAUCUGAUAUCUGAUAUUUAACUGAUAUUUGUUUUUUAAAUAUAUUUUGUACAUUUUUUACCAUUUAUUUAUCUAACCUUGCCAUCUAUUUAUAUUUAUUAUUAUCUAUUGUAGAUUUAAGUUUUGCUGUUAUAAAAAUUCUGAUUUUGUACAAUACAACUAAGUAUUAUUAUUAUUUUUACAGCACGCAAACGUAAUGGUGUAAGACCAUCCCAUUUCUGUCGGAGUUCUGCUGGAAUUGCUCGUAAAGUUCUUCAGUCAUUAGAACAAAUGAAGCUCGUCGAAAAAGCUGAUAAUAACAAUGGUCGUAGACUCACUUCCCAAGGCAGACGAGAUUUAGACCGUAUUGCGGCUCAGGUGAAGCAAGCUAAGAAGAAGAAGCAAGCCCUGUUAGCAGCUGAAACGGCAGGAUUUUCUGUUCUUAUUCCAAAAACUGAUUAAAAAUUGAGUACUGUUAUAUAAGAUCAUCUUUGAAAGUAAUAAAUACACUUUUAAAUAAAAAUUGAAUUUUAAUAACUAUUAUCCUUCAGAAUUUCCUUAGUGUUCAAUUAAUAAUAAUUGUUUUGAUAUCUAGAUGAUUUUUGAUUAUUUCAACAGAAAAAUAAAAUUAAUAACUAUUAACUUUUAAACUAAAAUUUAUCAGUCACAUGUAGGUUCCACAAAAUUU